AUGUCGUCAGUAAAAACGAUCUAUCACAAAGAUGGCAGUUUUACUCGCCCGGAUAGCAUCUUUCGAAAUUUCAUUUCCAAGGACCCAAACUCACGAUUCCCCGCUGAGAAGGGCCGCUAUGCCCUCUAUCUCUCCCCGGGUUGCCCAUGGGUAAGUGGUAUCACAUUCUCUAAUAUUGCCAUAUUUUUGGCGCAUAGAACUAUGAUAGUCCGGCUUCUCAAAGGGCUCGAUUCUAUAAUCGACGUUUACCAGCUCCAUUUCACUAUGGGCCCUGAGGGAUGGUAUUUCAGCGGCGAAGGGGGCUCUCUUGAUGAAGAUCCUCUGCACGGGUUUAAAAAGCUCAAGGAACUAUACCUCAAAGCCGACCCCAGUUAUACAGGCCGCUACACUGUUCCUGUAUUGUGGGAUAAAAAAGCCGACGUUUUGGUCAAUAAUGAAUCGUCAGAAAUUAUCCGCAUGCUCUAUUCGGAGUUUGAUGACUUGCUGCCAGAGCACCUCCGUGAAGAGAAUCGGUCAGGAAAAGGUUUAUAUCCACCGCAUCUCAGAGCUGAGAUCGAUGCCAUGAAUGACUGGGUAUAUAACACCGUGAACAAUGGGGUAUACAAGGUUGGCUUUUCCAAGUCGCAGAAAGCGUACGAGGAAAACAUAUACCCUCUAUUCGCCUCCCUCGAUCGCCUUGAAGAGCAUCUUGGCCACGGCAAGCCUUUUCUUUUCGGCGACUCAAUCACCGAGGCCGACGUACGUCUAUAUACCACUAUGGCGCGUUUUGAUGUUGCGUACCAUAGCGUCUUUCAAUGCAACCUCAAAUCGAUUCGACACGACUAUCCCCGGUUGCACGCCUGGCUUCGGAGGCUAUACUGGGAUCAGAAUGAAGAGGGGCCUUUGCGAGCGGCAUUUUACCGUACAACAGAACCCAAUAUUUCGCGGUAUGCCCUAGGUUAUGCGGAUUCUAGGUGGAAGAUUGUGCUAGAGAGCCAAGGACCUCUGAUCGUGCCCGUAGGGCCAUCAGUACUUAUGCAGCCUCUAUAA